AUGAGCUGCUGCUGGCUGACAUGUGGGGAGAAGAGCUGCUCCGCUGCUGAAGAAGCAGGACCACAAUCAUCAUCAUCGUCAUCCGCUUCUCUAUCUGUCUCCAUUUAAACGCAGCCCUGAAGCAUCAUGGGAGGCGUGGCGUUGGACUUGGAUGCAGGAGCGGUGAAGGCACCAGAUGGCGGGUGGGGCUGGGCGGUGCUGGCCGGCUGUUUUGUCAUCACAGGUUUCUCAUACGCGUUCCCAAAAGCAGUCAGUGUCUUUUUCAAAGACCUGAUCCGGGAUUUUGGGGUGGGAUACAGCGACACGGCCUGGAUCUCCUCCAUACUGCUGGCCAUGCUCUACGGCACAGGUCCUGCGUGCAGCGUGCUGGUGAACCGUUUCGGCUGUCGUCCAGUGAUGAUGGUUGGAGGCCUCUUCGCCUCUCUGGGAAUGAUCCUUGCCUCCUUCUCCACCAGCAUCAUCCACAUCUACCUCUCGACUGGGGUUAUUACAGGUCUUGGGUUAGCCCUGAACUUUCAGCCAUCGCUGAUUAUGCUCAAUCGCUACUUCAGUGAGAAGCGUCCAUUGGCCAAUGGGCUAUCAGCAGCAGGAAGUCCUGUGGCACUUUGCUGCUUAUCUCCACUGGGUCAGGUCCUCCAGUACCACUAUGGAUGGCGGGGGGGCUUCCUCAUCUUGGGUGGCAUUUUACUAAACUGCUGUGUAUGUGGGGCCUUGAUGAAGCCGCUAGUCGCCCCCAAAACCCAUCAGGCCAAUGAUGUGGAACAGAAGAAGGAAGAGGGAGCAGAGGAGAAGAAGAAGCCCAAGGCCAAACUGCUGGACUUCUCCGUCUUCAAAGACCGGGCUUUUGUCAUCUACACUGUAUCAGCGUCCAUCAUGGUGCUGGGGCUGUUUGUGCCUCCAGUGUUUUUUGUGAGCUAUGCUAAGGAGCUGGGGAACGAGGACACCAAGUCAGCUCUGCUGCUCACGAUCCUGGGCUUUGUUGACAUUUUUGCCCGGCCUACGUGUGGUGUGAUUGCCGGACUGAAUUGGGUUCGGCCUCGCUGCGUGUACCUUUUCAGCUUUGCUAUGAUCUUCAAUGGAGUCACUGACCUGAUCGGGUCUCAGGCCAAGGACUACGCAUCCCUGGUGGUAUUCGCAAUCUUCUUUGGCAUCUCCUAUGGGAUGGUAGGAGCGCUGCAGUUUGAAGUUCUCAUGGAAAUAGUUGGCACAAAGAAGUUCUCCAGUGCCAUCGGCCUGGUCCUGCUCAUGGAGGCCAUAGCUGUGCUGGUGGGGCCACCUUGUGCAGGUCGGCUUCUCGACGCCACCGGCAACUACAUGUUUGUCUUCCUGCUGGCGGGAACCGAGGUUGUCAUCUCAGCCGUGGUUCUGGCCACUUGCAACUUCAUCUGUAUCUCUAAGAAGUCUUCAGUGCUGGCGGACGGCCUCGAGGAUGGCACGAUGACGAGCGACGCCGAGACAGAGGCGCCAGGCAAAGCUGCAGAACCCAGCCACCAGGAGGAGGAAGGAGCGAGAGGGGAGAAGGAGAAGGAGAAGGAGAUGAAAAGGGAAAAGCAGGAAGAGAAAGUAGGUGAGGUCAGGCCAGACAGUGUUACAGUGAACUCACAGGAAGUAGAAAACUUCCUGAAAGAGUCACAACAGAAUGGUGACGUUGCCACCAGUCCUGAAACAUGCCUGUGAGCAGACAAGGUUUUUAAAAAACAGUGUAUUUUGAAGUGGUUUGUUGUGCUUCUGUGUUUGUCAGGGAGUUUUCAGCAUCACUGCCACAUUAACAAGAAUUUAUGUUUUAUAUUGUGGUGGUUCAUACGUCUUGUGUAUAUAGCUAAUGUUACAAUUCAAUAGGUGAAUUUUGAUGUAGCCACUGGCAAAUAAAGGUGACCAAUAUCCUGUUUUCUUGGUUUCAACUAAGGGGAAAUUAGCUUUGAGCUAUAUUUGGUGCAAUAAUAGUAUUACAUUACGCAUUGUUCUUACAAAGAAAGCACAAAAGUAAUAUUACUACUUCUAUUGCUGCUGUUACUACUCAUAAUAAUAAUAAUAAUAAUAAUAAUAAUAAUAAUGAGUUUAUCAAGGUUACAUGAAAGUAGAAACAAAAUCAUAAAGAAGAUAUAUUGUAUUUUAUCACUCAGAGCAUUUAAAUACUGUAUGUUUAUACACUGUAAAAAGGAAAUGGUUGAAAACUAAUUGAAAUGGUUGAAAGCUAGUUUUGAACUAAGUUCAAAACUAUUUAUAUAUCUAAAGAUAUCUGAAGAUAUCAAGAGUUCUUAAAAAUGUUAAAAUGUGUGUGGGGGGGGGUUUCAGCCACUUAGUUUGCUCAUGUCUUGCUCUGAUUUUUAAUAACCUAAGGAUUAAACUCAACAUGUGAUCCUGUCUGCUGCCUGCUUUUAAUUAAACUGGAUGAUCCGACAUUGUCAGUAAUCUGCUGUGAACGCUGAGCUCAGCACAACAGCACAUGCUCAUGUCCCAGAGUUCAGCAAAACCAAAACAUUCACCACAAGCAGUUCACUGUGAUACAAUUACAGAUAUUGUCAUUUAAUGCUGGUGUGACGUGGUCGUAACAAUCACUGCCAUUAUGGUAUAGAGGGAGAGGACGCCGUUAUCUGUUCCACUGCAGUUCAAUAACACAAGGCAGCGCUGGUUGAAAUGUUGCUUUGUUGCCAUGAACAUGUGACUGUGUCUCACAUAAACUGUUAUUUACGGAUUAUUAGGCACGGCCAGUAUAAAGUAUCUCCAAAUUCAUGUUGCUUAAAGGCUUUGUAUUGUCUGUACUUAAUAUGUGUAU